AUGUCGACCGAGAAGCCCGUACACACCGUGGUGCUCGACACGGGCGCAAUCAUCAAAAACGAACCUUCCGUCUCAACACUCCUCGCCCAAUCCGAGAAGAUUGUGACUGUGCCCGCGAUAAUCAGCGAAAUCAAAGAUGCAGUCACACGGACACGAGUUGAGACGACUUUGAAACCUUUCUUGGACCUGAGGUCGCCCACUCCAGCAAGCAUCAAAGUUGUCACAGAUUUCGCGCGGAAAACUGGCGAUCUUGCAGUGCUCAGCAAACCCGAUAUUCAAAUCAUCGCACUCACGUAUGAAAUCGAAUGCGAGCGAAAUGGUGGCGACUGGAGGCUGCGACGAGCACCUGGUCAGAAAGGCUUGAAUGGUGCACCUCCUUCCAGGACGGAACAGAAUGCGGAUGGCGAGGGUGAAGCGAAAGACGAAAAUCAGACUCUGUCAGACACAGCGGAUUCAGAGCAGCCUCAAGCGCCUUCCAGACCAGAGCAGGAGUCAGAAACUUCGACCUCGGUACCCGAGCCAGCACAAGCGGUGACUGAAAAGGCCACUCCAGAUGAAAUCGCAGAAGUGAGCUCGAAGUUGCAGUCCAGCACGAUAGAAGUGGAGGAGGCACCAACUUCGACAAAAGUCGACUCUGCUCAGAACUCAGCGGAAAGCCAAGAUGGAUCCGACUCGGACUCAGACGGCUGGAUAACACCAUCCAACCUCAAGAAGAAGCAAGCGCAGGACGUAGCAGGCAGCACAAGCCAAACCCCGGAGCCAAAGACCAUGCAAGUAGCAGUUUUGACUUCAGAUUUUGCGAUGCAGAAUGUCGUCCUCCAGAUGAACCUCAACCUGCUAUCACCGUCCAUGUCGAGAGUGAAGAAUCUCAAGACCUAUGUCAUGCGAUGCCAUGCGUGCUUCAACGUCUCCAAGGACCUCAGCAAACAGUUCUGUCCUCGGUGCGGCCAACCGUCAUUGACAAGAGUUUCUUGCUCAACAAAUGCCAACGGGGAGUUCAAGCUUCACCUGAAGAAGAACAUACAAUGGAACACGCGAGGAGAUCGGUAUAGCGUCCCCAAGCCGGUGCAUGGCUCAGCAAAUGGGAAGAUAAGGGGUGGCGGUAAAGGUGGAUGGGGCAACGACUUGAUCUUGGCCGAAGACCAGAAGGAGUACCAGAGUGCGGCGCGGGAAGAGAAGAGGCAGAAGGAGAGGAGUCUGAUGGAUGAAGACUACCUGCCCAGCAUCCUUACAGGAGACCGUUCCAGAGCUGGCGGGAGGAUACGUGUGGGUGCUGGGAGAGGUGUCAAUUCGAAGAAGCGCUGA